CACAAUUGCAAAAAGGGAGACAGAUCAAAGGAUCAAGGAUGCUAAUGGAGCAAAAGUAAAUGAUCCACUUUCUGGUAGCAAUGCAAUAACUUAAUUGCAGGAGCCAUGAAAGUGUAGACCAUUACCUUGAUAUACUACAGACUAGCAUGAAACUUGGUCUUCGGCAAUAUGGCGGCCACUAUCUAGAAGGCUAAACCAUUGCUCCCUCUAGUGUGCGAAGUAGGAACUGCAAGUAGACAGGAAUACGUCAUCCGUCCGCGCAAGAUUCCAUCCGGCUCUGCCUACACGUGUGUGAUCUCAGGCUGUGGUCGGUGGGAUCGGAGAGACCUGCUAACCGGUUACUAUGGGGAAAGCCGCCGGGAAGAAGAAAGGAAAACAGGCUCCAGGCCGCAGUGUCCCAGCCAAGGCCCGUGCGGAGGUCAACAAUAACCCAUUCGAAGUGAAAAUCAACAAACAGAAAUUCAAUGUUUUAGGGAAAAAAACCAAGCACGACGUGGGGUUGCCUGGGGUGUCCAAAUCUAAAGCUAUCAGGAAGCGCAAAGAAACUCUCCUUAAAGAAUAUCAGCAACGAGGGAAAUCCAGUUUAUUUACGGAUCGGCGAUUUGGGGAGUAUGACCGUAAACUCACUUCGGAAGAAAAGAUGUUGAAGAGAUUUGCUUUGGAACGACAGCGCAAUGUUGAGAAGCAAAACAUGUUUAACCUUAAUGAAGAGGAGGAGCUGACUCAUUAUGGGCAGUCGCUGGCAGCCAUUGAGAAACUGAACGAUGCUGUGGAGAGUGACAGUGACACAGAAGAACGAGGAGCUUUAUCAGCCGAAUUGACAGCUGCUCAUUUUGGAGGUGGUGGUGGCCUGCUUAGAAAAAAAGCCCCAUCUGAGCAGAAAGAUGAAGAAUUGGAAAAACCAAAGACGCGGAAAGAAUUGAUUGAAGAGCUGAUCGUCAAGUCUAAACUAGAGAAGAGAGAAAGACAGAAUCAAAAGGAAAAGACGCUGGAGCUUACAGAAAGACUGGAUAGCGACUGGAGAAAAAUCCAAACACUUCUAGCUCAUAAGACUCCUAAAUCUGAACGAAAUGCUGAAGUAGAAAAGCCAAAGCCUGACGAGUAUGAUAAGAUUGUGCGUGAGCUGGGCUUUGAGAUGAAGGCUCAGCCAUCGGAACGACUGAAGUCUGAAGAGGAAUUGGCUAAAGAGGAGCAGGAGCGCCUACAGAAUCUGGAGGCUGAGCGGCUCAGGCGGAUGCGCGGAGGGGAUGACGAUAAACAUAUGAAGAGACCAGCACAUGUUUCUGCGGAUGAUUUAAUGGAUGAUUUCGUACUGGAUAAAGAUGAUAGAUUAAUGCUUUCCUAUAAGGAUGGUGCCAUGAAUCUACCAGAGGACCAUGAUGGAGAGGAGGAAGACCAUGAUGGAGAGGAGGAAGACCAUGAUGGAGAGGAGGAAGGGAUGGAGGAUGGUAGUGACCAGGAGGAAGAUGAUGGAAGUGAUGAAGGUUCAGAAGAAAGUGAUGCAUCAGACAAUUACACUGAUCUAGAAUCUGAUGCAGGAAGCGAUGGACAGGAAGAUCAUACUGAAGUAAAAACCAGGGAGAAAAAAAACAAAAGCAAGGAAGAGAUAAAGGCUGACGCAGAGGCUGCCAAGUCUGAGCUUCCAUUCACAUUCGCUGUUCCAGAGUCUUAUGAGAGUUUCCUGUCCCUCCUGGUUGGGAAGUCAGCAGAGCAGCAGCUGGUUGUGCUGGAGAGGGUUCAGAAGUGCAAUCACCCCAGCCUUGCAGAAGGAAACAAAGCCAAGUUAGAGAAGCUGUUUGGCUUUCUUCUGGAAUACAUAACUGAUUUGGCCAAAAAAGACUCUCCUGACUUGCCGAUGAUUGACAAGCUAGUGCUCCCCCUGUACAAUCUGUGCAAGACAUUUCCUGAAGCAGCGGCAGCCUGUGUCCGAGACGCCCUGCAGGACGCAACAGAAAGCAUGAAUGAAAUGCUGAAAAUCAGAAGUCGCAGCGCUCACCCUGCGUUACAUGUGCUAGUAUACCUAAAAAUUACCGGAUUAUUAUUCCCCACAUCGGACUUUUGGCAUCCAGUGGUCACGCCGGCGAUGAUCUUAAUGAGUCAGAUAUUGACGCAGUGUCCAGUCUCCUCGUUACAAGGCAUUGCUGCCGGCCUGUUUGUAUGCUGUAUGUUUACGGAGUACGUGUCCCUGUCUCGGAGGUUUAUACCGGAACUGAUUAACUACCUCUUGGGGAUUCUUCACCUGGCUGUUCCAAACAAACAGACACAGAAUUACACACUGAUUCCCCCAUUUAAACCCCAUGGGAGGCACACUGAGCUGCUGGUAAUUCAGAGCAAGGAGGACACAGACACCUGGGUGAAGAGCAAGCUGUUGUUAUCAGAUCUGCGUUGUCUGGGAAAUAAAACUGAAACCAUCCAUUUCAAAUUGAACUGUGUGGCCGUGUGCUUGGAUCUGCUACAAAAGUGUGUUAAGAUGUACGGGCCUCUGCCAGCCUUCCGAGAGAUUAUACAGCCCAUCGCAUUGCUCCUCCGUGAACAUCUUCCCAUGGCAGAUUAUCCAGAGAAGCUCCAGGCUUUGCAUUCAGACAUUCUGAAAGAGAUUGAGACACACACGAAGAAGCUGUACACACCCCUGGUGUUUGAAAAACAGGCGCCAGUCCCCAUGAAAAUGUUCACCCCAAAAAUAAUGCCUGUACUUGAAUAUGGGAAAAGACAAGGCUGCAACAAAGUGGAGCGGGAGAGAAAAAGACUGGUUCAUAAACACAAACGAGAAUAUAAAGGAGCCGUUCGUGAAAUACGCAGAGACAACCAGUUCCUGGCGAGAGUGCAGCUCUCAGAGGCCAUGGACAGGGAUGCGGAGAGGAAACGGAAAGUGAAGGAGCUUUUCAACAGUCUGUCAACGCAGGAGGGUGAGUGGAAGGCCCUGAAGAAGAGGAAGCUGAAGGGAAAGUAACGGAACACAUGAUGGAACAUCCAGGAGACUAAAUACCUCUUCAGUAAUCGUGGAGAACUAAGAACUGCUAUAUUUUCCACUUUUUUUGUGGAAAUAUUUCGGGACUAUUGCAUUUAAUUGCAUCACUUGAUUAGCCUGAGGACCUCCAUUUCACAAUAUGUAAAUAGUGGCUAACGUUUCAACUGUGGCACAGCCGUGCCGAGAAAUGCGACCAGGUUCGUGCCCGCUCAAAUGGUGGAGGAAAAAAAAUCUCGAAGAUGCCAUUUUAUUUCCACUUUUAUUUGUGGAAUCUUUGUAUUUUUAAAUGCUAGAAAUGUGAUUCACCUUGUGUUUACCUGAACGGUCUAUAUAACACAACGUGUUAUGGGAUAUUGUAUAGCUUUAAAAAAUAAAUGAUAUCCC